GCCCACCCUCCAUCAACGCCAACCCUGGCCGAGAGACGCACCGUCGCUGUCAACCAAAACCAAAGGAUCGCAUGGACAUAAGAUAGCCGGGCUCUGGCCGUGUCUUGUCUGCGCGACCGCCGAUUUCUUUUGAGAAUGCUGCAGCCAGUUUGUGUCUCUCUCUCGCGACUGUCACAUCUGCAUCGGCAGCCACAUGCAGAUGCUCACCCCUCCUCCGGACGAAGAAGGCCUCGGGGCUCCUCCCAUGAGCCCGCCCGACCAGGACAAGGGAUGCGCAUAUGACUGGACAGCCGCGCUGCCUCAGACAGAUCAUAUCCGCUUCUUCUGCAACACCGACUGGUCGCGUACCAGCCUGGGACCAACAAGCACAUGGAGCCAGACGCUGCGACUUUUUGCCAGCUACGUCCUUUCUGAUUCACGCGGGGCUUGCCUCUGGUGGGGGGACAUCUCCAAUCUCACGGCUAUAUACAAUGAGGCAUAUGCGCCUCUUGCUGCCGGCGUGCAUCCCAAGCUUAUGGGAUCCCUCUUCCAGGAAGGCUAUCCGGAUCUCUGGCCGUCUAUUCGCCAAUACUUCGUAGAGGCCAAGCGAACAGGCGCUGGCGUAAACUACAGCUCGGCUACGUCCACGGUGGUUGAGCGGAAGGGGUAUACAGAGGAGACGUUUUUCUCGGGCGGGUUUGUGCCAGUAGGCAUGCCAGGCGCCAUCGAGGGCUUCAUCAACACGACCUACGAGGUCACAAGCCAAAAACUCGCCGACCGCCGCACCAACUGUCUGAACACACUUGCCUCUGUCCCCUCUCAAUGUGUCGACGACGUCUGCUCCCACAUCCUCACCACGCUCGAAUCCAACGCCAACGACGUGCCCAUGGCCAUGCUCUACCGAAUCGAUGAGACUCCAGGCUCCAACAGAUUGCGACUCCAUGGUUGUAAUGGACUUCCAGAAGGACAUGGCCUCAUCGUGGAAGAAGCCACUAUUGAUAGCGAAGAAGGCUUGAUCCCAGACCUGCGACGAGCCGGUGCAGAACAGACGGUUAUCGAGCACGACGACCGAUUCCUAGCUACCUCUUGGGGAGGUUGGGGUGCGCCGUCCAAGAAGAUUAUCAUAAGCCCUAUCAUGUGCGGAACACGCCUCUUUGGCUAUCUCGUAUUUGGUACAAAUCCCUACCGCCCACACGACGAUAUCUGCAAACAGUUCAUUCGAGAUCUCAGUCGCAUGGUUUCGAGCAUUGUAUCGUCUGCCGUCGAUUGUGAAGCCAAUCGAAAGCGUCAAGAGCAGCUGGAAGCUGACCUUGCUUUUAGCGAUCUCAAGCUACGUCAUCUGAUUGAUCAUGCAUCUGUAGGCAUGUGCCACGUCUCUCUGGAUGGCUUAAUGCUUUGGGCGAAUGAUCACUAUUACCAGCUAGCUGGGAAAUCUGCUUCUGACCAUGCAGUUGGCCUUGCAUUUCUCGAAGCUUAUCACGACGAUGAUCGAGCAAAGGCUGAUGAUGUUUGGGAACGUCUGAUUAAAGGCGCCGACCACGUUACAGCCGACUUGCGUUUGAAGCGCAUGUACACGCCUCCCACGGGCGAUCCCGAGCCUGCCCAGCUACAGGUUCUAGCCUUCCCAUAUCGCGACGAGCAUGGAAGUGUGAUCAGUGUAAUGGCUUGUACGACUGACAUUAGUAGAUUGUGUUGGGCACAGAAUUUCCAGGCCCGAUUGGCCGCCGAAGCAAGAGAAGCAAAAAGACAGCAAGAGGCCUUCAUUGACGUAGUCUCGCACGAGAUGCGAAACCCGUUGAGCGCCAUCGUGCAUUGCGCAGACGCGAUUGCCAAUGCGAUUGAAGAGUGCCAAACCCAGCUCGCCGAUAUACCCGUACCGUGCCUCGAUACUCUGAAUGACAACAUACAAAGCGCAAACGUCAUCAUGCAAUGUGCAAAUCACCAGAAACGUAUCAUCGACGAUGUACUCACAUUGAGUAAACUCGACUCCAUGCUCUUGUCUAUAACGCCUGUCGCAGUCAAGCCCACGAAGCUUGUAGACUCCAUCGUCAACAUCUUCCAGGCUGAGCUGAAGACGAAUAAGAUCUCGUACAACAUCACACCGGACAAAUCUUUUCUGGCCCUAGGCAUUGACCACGUUUAUUUGGAUCCAUCUCGGGUGACUCAGGUAUUCAUCAAUCUACUAACGAAUGCGAUCAAGUUCGUCAAGCCGUCGAAAGAGCCGAACAUCUCCAUCCGCUUCGGUGCUAGUACGUCAGAUCCCCGUGAUCUAUUCCCAAGAAAUAUGUUCUGGGCAACGGAUGGCAAGCAAGACGGCGACGUUACCAGCAAUCCAGACUGGGGUACUGGUGAAGAGAUUUACCUUGCGUUCACAGUCAAGGACUCCGGAAUUGGCUUACAAGAGAAGGAAAUUUACAAGAUAUUCGAGCGUUUUCGACAAGCAAACGUAAAGACGCAUGUCAAGUAUGGAGGUAGCGGACUGGGCUUGUUCAUCUCUAAAGCGCUUACUGAGAAGCAAGGUGGUGAGAUAGGUGUCUCGUCGGUUCUGGGCCAAGGAUCGACAUUCGGAUUCUAUGUCAAAACGCGAAGGGUGGAAUGGCAGCCCAGGACCCUCAAAGAAAUGUUCCAACAGGCUGGACAAGAAGCAGCGGCUCGACAACUGCACGUGUUGUUAGUGGAGGACAACAUCAUCAACCAACAAGUUCUCGGCAAGCAGCUCAAAAAAGCAGGAUGUCAUGUUUCAGUCGCAAACCACGGUCUAGAGGCUCUUGAGAUACUGGAAAGAGAAACGUUCGACAUCGUACUGAUGGAUCUGGAGAUGCCGGUGCUUGAUGGCCUUGGCGCGAUGCGCGAGAUUCGUAGAAGGGAGAAAGAACAGGUGUACGCUUCUGAACGUUUGCCCGUCAUCGCUGUUACAGCGAAUGUCCGAAAAGAACAGAUCGAUACGGCUAUCGCUGCCGGAGCAGAUCGCGUCAUGCAGAAACCGUUCAAAGCGGCCGACUUGGUCUCCAUGAUGAAGUCGCUGAUGCCGCAAUUAGCGCCCUCGUCCAUUGAACCGCCAACACCGGGACUGGGCCUUCAAUCAAGUGCACUGGUACCCUGAAUGAAGUUUCGUCAAGAAAACUAGUGAAUCUAUACGGCAACUAGGUUGUUGGCUCCAGGGAGUUGCCAUUGAUCAUCCAGUGAUCCAUCGCGAAAAAUUACGAAAGACCCGAGGAUUGCUUUUGUGCUAGGAAGCGCGAAUGUUUACCGUCUAUCUCACGACCUCGCAUCAAGAUCCCUUCAUGUGUUGUGGUUGUUAGAAUAAGAAGUCGUGGUGUUUCCGUCGUACCUGCUCAAGCUCAGAUUCGAACAUGGCUAC